UGAUGGGAAAAACUGUAGAGCUCUCACCUCAUCAGACACCUUGUAGACAAGAAGACACCGCGCGCACGACUCACGUGCGGAGGUAAAAUGCAGCUGAAUAACCGGACGAAUCUCACGAGUCUGGAGUUGGCUGUAAUCUAAGAUUAGUUUUUGGAGAAGGAGAGCCAUGAAGAAACACCUGAGUCCCACAAAACAACAGCAGCAGCAGCAGCAGCAGCCACCGGCUGAAGUCCCGGUUCCAGGCGGCGAGGUUACCGUUCAACAACUGAACGAGCUCCUUUCCAACGGCAGCGGCUUUUACAGCUUACCGACACAACAUUUCAAUGAGGUCUUCCCCAGAAUAUACAUCGGUAACGCGUUUGUAGCCCAGAAUGCAAUGCGUCUGCAGAAACUUGGAGUGACGCACGUCCUCAACGUGGCGGAGGGCACCUCCUUCAUGCACGUCAACACCAGUGUGGAGUUCUACGCCGGCACGGGCAUCACGUACCAUGGUAUCCAGGCCAAUGACACCGUGCAGUUCCACCUCAGUGCCUUCUUUGAGGAGGGGGCUGAUUUUAUUGACAAGGCCCUAGCACACAAUAAUGGCAAAGGGAAGGUGUACGUACACUGCAGAGAAGGCUACAGCCGCUCCCCUACCAUGGUUAUUGCUUACCUCAUGCUGCGCCAUAAAAUGGAUGCCCGGCUGGCAGUGGCCACUGUGAGGCAUAAGAGAGAAAUUGGUCCUAAUGACGGCUUCCUUCGCCAACUGUGCCAACUUAACGAGAAGCUGGCAAAGGAGGGCAAGCUGAACGGGGAGGUGGGCAAACUAAAGACCAAAUGAAAGCAGGAGACCCUCUGCCCUGUCUUCUCCCAUCAUGCCUUUCACAGGUUUCAGCUGCUCUCGGAGACUGACCCCACCCUGACCAAACCAGCACUCAUCUGACACACCAGGGGUAUUCUGAAACACAAACAUACAUGCAUUUAUCUGUGUAGAAAAUUAUUCUUCAUGCACACACACAAUCUCACACGCGUACAUGCUGUUUUCUUUCUAAUCUCCAUGUCUGUCACUGCUGCUCUGUAAGUGGACAUCUGUCAGUCCUCUGCCUGCUCCUACAACUAGUGUGAUCUCAAACACAAACAAACCCCUCAUCCCCCUUUUUUAACUCGACACCACACAGAUGUGCAGACGUCUCGCUGCUAGUACCCGAAAGCUCAAAAUGUCUGUGCUGAGCUACUUAAAGCAUUCCUUCAGUUCCCAUAAGUUGAGAAGGUGAAAACUUUGCCCUGAUUUUCAAGAUUUCCUUAAAUAGUUGUACAAAAUAGAAGAUUAUAGCACAAUCAUUCCAUAGUUUUCCACUGCCGGGAAUGUCAGUGAUGUAUCCGCCAGCAGGAGUGCUCUAUAAAUUCCAAAUGAACUCUUAGAUAUUAAAAAUCCAGAUGGCCACACUUGAUGCAACCUGCAGACACAAUAAGUCAGUUAUGGUACACAGAAAGCAAUAUGUGAAUGGAUGGAGGAAAAUCCCAAACAUUCCAUGAAAACUGAAAAAGCCCUCACAGUUUUGUUCGCCCACUCAAUCUUUAAUUCUUUUCUCUUCUGCAUGUAGGGGCAGAUAUUUAAUGCACACAACACAAAUUAUUCACAGUCCAAUGCAAGCUGUAGCAUUUCAUUUGGCAUCCUUGACGCUCUGGCCUCUAGUUUGACAGCAGCAUUACAUUUGUCAGUCGUUGACACAGAGCAGUGGUAUCACUGGAGCUGGCUCCAACAACAGCAAAGGUCGAGCUAAUUAAAAAUAAUGAGCCGCAUGGGUUGUUCAUGUAGCAGCCAUAUUUAGCUGCUGAUAUGACGAAUGUUCAUUAGAGCUAAAUAUGAUGUUUUUUUAGUUUGUCAUUGAGCUCAAUCAGCGUACACACAAGACAAAUCACAUUUACAUAAGUAGGGACAGUAUCUAAGGGGAACACUGGAUUGAAUAUCCUCUUCAAAAGAAGAAAAGGUCUCUCCAACACCUUCAAAUUUGCUCAUUUGCAGUAUUUAAUUUCUUAAGUGGCUUGUUUAUAAAUUCAAUUUCCUGCUGCAUUAAUAAGAAUAUGAGUGACAUUCAUUUGAAGUCAUUAUAAUUUUCUGUUAUGAAGGCAGCAGGAAAUGAGUAGAACAGGACUGCAUGACAAAAUGUCGUUUUACUCGCCAUCAGUAACCUGUAGCUGACUUCCAUUAUCUAGAUAGCAUCCAUCCAGGAUGCAAAGAAGAGGUUUACACAUGAUAUUGAUAGAUAUACUUAGUCUAAACACAAUCUGCUGGUUCAGUUUGUGUGUUAGAGAUAAGUAUUAUACUUUUAAUAAGAACUGUAACAUUUUUCCAGAACUUAGUUGGUAAUUUUACAUAGUUGGUCAUUUUAAGCCCUGUAUAAUUCCUAAUAAGGACUUAGAAAGUACCUGGUUGAGUGAACAGACUUACAGCGUAUCUACACAGGAGACGUUUCAGCUGCGUUUUCGUGUGUCACACGCCUCUGAACAGAUACAAUUCUACUUGAAUCAAUCCAGCUGUCUACACAGGUCAAGUAACGGCUUGAGUUUCACUCUCGCUAUACACGCAGAAAUGCGGCCUGAAGUGUAUUUUUACACUUAAAAUCUAUAUUUUUACGUUUUACAUGUGUAACUACAUUGAUUGUGUGUUGGGCUCAGAGCAAUGCCAAAAUGCGAGUGACCUACACUUCAAUACUGUGCCUGAACGCAUCCUGUGUGGACACUGACGGAGUGCUGAAGCUGUUGCUCCUGUGUAGACACUGUGUUAGAGUAACAACGACCUUAACAUAUUUUAAAUUCUUCCAAAUUCUUUAAUCUUUAUGUACUCACUUUAAAUAUAUAUAUAUGAAUCAUAUGCUCCUGGUUUUUGUUUCAGUUUAAUUUGCCAACUUGUGCCAGCGUCCACACUAAGCUGGCUAAUUUUGAAAACGCUGUUUACACGGGAAAAUGGUGUGCGUCCACACUCUUCAGGUUGUUUUGGUGAAGAUCUCCACUCACACUAAAAGGCCUGAACAACAGGAUCACUGCGAAAUCUCUUCUUCCUCCUCUUUUGGUCGGAAAGCAAUGAAACUGAGCAUCACAGCCAACAUCUGGUCAGAAGAGGGACAGACCGUCUCAGCUGGUUAAACCUCUGUUCUGUCCCCUUCUGCUUUGUGUGUAAACACAAUAUACUGUGUUUUAAUAUAGCUGCAGUCCCGAUUUUUCAUUUACAUAUUUGUCAGACAAAUGAAUAAGCAUAAAGUUGAGAUUUGAUCAUGGCUCAUAAAUGCUACCUGUUAACCAGGCAAACAGUAUUUCCUGCGCUGCUGCACUGAGACAUCAAUAAAAUUAUUAGUUUGUGAUUGUAAAGUCGUCUGACAAAAUAAACAUAAAUACAGCAUAAAGAUAACAGCUGUGGGCCACAACGAUAUGUCGAUGAAUCGGUUGGUCGAUAGACAGAAAAUUAAUCUGCAACUAUUUUGGUAAUCGAUUCUUUUUUAUUGUUUUUCAAGCAAAAAUACUAAAUAUUCACUAAAUAAUGUUAAAUGUGCGGAUUUUGUGCCUUUCUUUGUCAUAGAUGAUAAUAAAAGUGAAUAUUUUUGGGUUUUAUACUGGUGGGUGAAUUAAAAAAAAGCAAUUUGAAUAUGUCACCUUGGGCUGUUGGAAAUUAUAACAGGUAUUUUUCACUAGUUUGUGACAUUUUAUACAUAAAAUGAUUAAUCGAAAAAAGAAUCGGCAGAUGAAUCGAUAAUGAAAAUAAUUGUUAGCUGCUGUGCUAUAUGAUUGGCUACACUGACAUUGAAAAAGCGGGUUAAAUGUUAAAGGACUGUUAAACUGUCCCCAACUCUCUGGGCAGACUUAUGUCAUUGAUUUCCAAAAGCUCAGUUUUCCUCAUCCACACUAAAAUGCAGUUUUCAGAAUCAUCCACUCUGCAGACCAUUUUCAAAAAGCUCCAUUUUCAAGUGAAAAAAACUCCAGAUUAGUGUGGAGAGAAGGCUAAAAUGGAAGGAAAAAGAUGCGUUUUUAAAUUUAGCCGGCUUAGCGUGGACGUACCCAGAGGUUCUUCAAUUAAAGACGAAAGAGAUUUUUAGUAGUCCUCUGUUGUAAUAUUAGUUAACACUUUUAGCAGAAUAUUCAUACACACCCACAUUACCAAUGCCACACCAAAAUCAACAGUAGCAUAGUGUUGUUAAAAGCUGAUUUUGCCAGUUUACCACCUUCAAACUAGAGGCCUUUAGUUUUAACUGUCAAAUGCAUCACCAGGGAAGGACGCCACACACUUUCAACAAAAAGUUCCAGUCAUCAUGCCAGAGAGUUGUCCACUGCCAAUUCCCUGACACAGCCAUUCGGCCAGUAUCCAGUUCCACUGUUUCAUCAACACAGUUUGUCAGAGGUCCAUACACAACAUGUCACUUGUCUCACUCCUAAUUGUGUGUGUCAUACAGUAAUUUAUUAUGCUUGACUUUAUGCACACACAGAGUCAAAUCACAAAGCCUUUUUUGGUUGUAUGUACUAAAGCAUUGCAAUAUAUGUCAAUACCCCAUCAGAUAUAUAGAAUGUAAUCACAUCUAAAUAUGACUAUUCAGACUGUAGUUGUUACAUAUAGGCAACAGUAGUUCAACAAUACAUUUUGUAUUUAUUACUGGGCAUAAUACUGUAAACUAGACCUAGUGCUAGGAAGGACAGCGAUGGAGUGUUUUUAAAACCUGCACCAGGUCACUCCUCAAGAGAGACAGGGUUGUUUUAUGAGACAAAUUUCCAUGAAAGUGUGAGAAUGAGGGAGUGUUGACGAUUUGAGAUGGAAAGUCAGAAGUGUUGGUAGUUCAGCCACUAUGUCCCACGCACCAGAUUGCAUAUUUCUCCUGAACAAAUGGCCUGGGGUAUGUUAGCAUGAAUCCAGGAGAAUAGUUGUCUCACUAGAGAGGAAAAUGGAAACUAGAUUGUCUCACCUCAUUAAUGGCACUAUUUAUUCCUCCUUUGAUAUAUCUGUAUACAUAUGAAUAUAUACAUGUAUACUGUAUAUACAUAUUUAAGUGUUGACAUAUAUGAAUGUAUGAGCAAUGUGUCUAUAACGUGUAGGUAUCGUCAGUAUGUCUUGAGUCCUUAUAUAUCAUGUUAUAUUUGUAUAUGACAUCACAGAAUAGCUCCUCCAUUCUUUCUGUUCCACAGUUGAUUACAUGUACAUUCAUAUUCAAAUAUAAUGUACAUGUAAAAAUGUGUGUAAUCACUUUAUCACGAUUGUGCAAAAGUUGCUUAUGAUAGCAGGGUUUUUCCAAGCUUUGCUGGGAUACUGAGGCAUGUAAUCAUCGUGUUUACUAGUGUUUUGUCCAUGGUAAUGCUAAUUUAUUCAUAAUAUACAGCAAGAUGCAGGUGGCAGCAUAAGAUGGAUAUGGAUUACAUGUCAUCAUGUCCAAGGAUACACUCAAUCCCAUCACCCGUUCAUUUGGUGCUUCAAAACAUUUACAGCAACUUUCUUUUUUGACAGGAGUUGGAAGUUUUGUGUUAAUGCACACAGAUCAAUAUCUGGGUUUAUUUGGCUGAGAAUGAACUGAUUCUCCAGCUACACUUUGUCUUUAAAUGAAUUGUUUUUAGCUGCAAAACACUCCAUGGAACUGGCUUGUAACUCACUCACAAAGAAACAUUCACAUUUAGCAGGCUGCAGACUCUCCACUAGGGGGAGCUGUUCAGCAUGUUAAUUUUUCGACCACGGGUCUAUAGUGUUAGGCCAGUCUUCGUUUUGCUUUUAGAUUAGUCUAUUGCAAGUUAGACAGUUUCACAAAAAUAAUGACUUACUUAUUUUAAGCCUAAAAAGCCCAGGCUAACUCUGAAUUAAGAGCCAUGUUUCCAUAGUAACAAUUUGUGGUUUGCUAACAAUGCUGUGAAGUGACCAAUGAGAAGAGAAAGAGUUCUUAGUAGCCUGUUGAAAACAUUUUCUGCUGGAGUAAACAGAACUGAGCAGUUUAACACAAUCAGUUAGCCAUGUUUUUUAGUUUGAAAAACUAUUAUUUUACCCAAUAUUCAUGGCAUAUUAGUCAUACUUAAAGAGUAACUAAACCCCAAAGUUUUAGCUGAGGUGCCUCCACCCUGGAAAUUCAAAAAAUUUCUCUAGAACGUGAAAAAACGGGCAGGGCUGGGAGGGGGAGCAAUUGGAUAGCCCUACAACCAAUCAGACCAAUGAAACGGGAAGUUACGUAGCACUGAGCGACAGAGCAGUGCUUCAUUCGUUUUCAAAUGAAUGGUCUGAUUUGGCCUGGUUACAAACUUUCUCAAAUUACAGUUAAACAGUACACUAAAAUGUGUUUCUGAAAACAUUUGAGGUGGGAAAUAGGCAAUGCAGUAACAGAAUCUUGAUUCAUAUUUGAUCAGCACUGCCUGAGUUUUGUGAGCCUGGAGGACGGACCUGCAGACUGGACGCAGGCCCAGACCGACAACCUAUCAGAGAAGCGAAACAUGUGACAUGUGACUUUUUAAAUAGGAGAAGGGUUGUUUGAUGAUGAAAGCUGCCACCAUAUAUGUCACCUGCCUCCAAAUCAGCCAAUAGCAAAAUUCAAUUGCAAUAGCCAGGCUUCAACCUGUAGAGGGCAGUUGCUAUGCACAUUUAUAACACAAUAUGUCGAAUUCAAAUACUUUCCACUAAAAUGUCAAGAUUUGGACCAGAAUCCAUCAACAACACUACUAAAUACCCAUAUACAUUGGUUUUCAGCUGAAACAAAGUGGUUUAGGGGGUUUAGUUACUCUUUAAUAUAGUCAAAAACAAGACAGCUUUGUGCUACAGAUGAAUUUAGACUUCUAUUUGAAGUCUUACUGUUAGUCAGAUCCAGUGUUGUGCAUGAACGUGCUCAAAGAGCGCCGUUCAUUGAACGUGCUCAUGUUUUUGGUGAACUGAACGUAUUUGUUUGCAA